UUUCGGUUUCGUUUCUCUUUAUAGGUGUCUAGAAGGGUUGGGUUAAAUGAACCAGAUAAAGUCCUCUGUCCUCAAUGCAGACAGAAAGGACUUGAAGGACUUAAAGAAGACUUGAGUCUGAGCAGCACUGUCAGACACACUAGCUGGGCUGAUUUACCAACUGUUGGUUACAGUCCGCUUCUCUCUCUCUAGUUCCAGCUGUACAUUAGAAUGGCUGAUUGUGGGUUGUAUGACUACCAAGAGGAGGUGGUUCAGAGGGCCCUCCUGAGGGAGAACAUCAUCAUCUGGCUUCCCACCGGCGGAGGAAAGACCCGUGCUGCCGUGUAUGUGGUCAAGAGACACCUGGAGACCACCCCCGAGGCCAAGGUGGCUGUGCUGGUCAACAAGGUUCAUCUGGUCGACCAGCAUUUCAGCAAAGAGUUCAAACCCCACCUGGGCCAUGAUUACAAUGUGGAGUCUGUCAGUGGCGACAGUAACGAGAAGGACUUCUUUGGCAGAGUGGUUAAGGACUGUGACCUGGUCAUCUGUACGGCCCAGAUCCUGGAGAAUGCCCUGAUCAACACAGAGGAUGAUAAACAUGUUGAGCUUACAGACUUCACCCUACUGGUCAUUGACGAGUGCCACCACACGCAUAAGGAGGGGGUGUACAACACGAUCAUGCAUCGCUACGUGGAGAAGAAGCUGAAAGGCGAAAGGAAUCUGCCUCAGGUGCUCGGCCUCACCGCCUCUCCUGGAACAGGGAAGGCCAAAACCCUGGAAGGAGCUGUGAAGCAUGUAUUGCAGAUCUGUGCUAACCUGGACUCAGCCAUCGUUUCAGCUGAAACCCAUGCCUCUGAGCUGAAGAAGAAAGUCCCUAAACCUAAGAAAAGGUUUGACAUUGUCGACAAGAGGCCCGAGGAUCCCUUUGGAGACCACCUGAAGCGGAUGAUGAAGCUGAUCCAUGACUUCAUGGACUUGGGGACAGCCUCCCAGCUGAGGGAGGUGGGCACACAGGAGUAUGAGGCAGACGUGGUCCUUCUGGAGCAGAGGGGUGUAUUUGAGGGAAACAGAAUUGUGGCCCAGUGUGCCCUCCACCUGCGACGGUAUAACGACGCCCUGCUCAUCAACGACACGGUCCGCAUGGUGGACGCCUUCUGUGACCUGGAGAGCUUCUACAACAGCAAGAGCUCCUCAGCCAUCGAUGGAACAGACUUCUUCCUGCUGGGCCUCUUCGAGGAGAACCAGACAGAGCUAAAGAACCUGUCAGGGAACGCCCUCUAUGAGAACCCCAAAAUGGCUAAACUUCAGAGCACUCUUCUGGAGCAGUUUGGAGCCAAAGACAAAUCCAGAGGCAUACUCUUCUGCAAGACCCGUAAAAGCACCAACUGCCUGAAUGACUGGGUCCUCAACAACCGGGCCCUACAGCGAUCAGGCAUCAAGGCUGCCGUCCUGACUGGAGCGGGAAACGGCAUCAAUUAUAUGACCCAGAACGAGCAGAAAGAGACCAUCCGUAAAUUCCGCGAAGGCACCCUCAACCUCCUGAUCGCUACCAGCGUGGCUGAGGAGGGUCUCGACAUCCCAGAAUGCAACCUGGUGGUGCGCUACGGCCUGCUGACCAAUGAGAUUGCCCAACAGCAGGCUAGUGGGCGAGCUCGGGCCAGUGACAGUGUGUACUCUGUGGUGGCCCAAGCUGGGGGGCGGGAGGUGCGCCGGGAACGCACCAAUGAGCUCCUGGAGGACUUAACGGGCCGCGCCAUCAGACAGGUCCAACAAAUGGGGGAACGCGAAUUCCGCAAGAAGAUCACUGAGUUCCAGACAGAGGCGGUUCUUGCCAGUCGGUUGAAAGACCAGCUGAAGGUGAAGAAGCAGAGCCGCUACCGUGCCGCUGAGAUUCAGCUCGUGUGUCGAAACUGUUUCAAGGCUGUGGCUUGUGGAAGUGACAUCAAGCUCAUUGACAACACGCACUAUGUUAACGUCAACCCCGGGUUUGAGAGGCAUUACAAGGCAGGUGGAAAGGUGCACCUGGACAGACGCUUUGAGGACUGGGAGCCGGGCCGUGCGAUCAGCUGUGCGACCUGUAGCAAGGAUUGGGGAAUGGAGAUGAGGUACAAGGAGGUUGCCUUGUUACCCAACUUGGCCAUCAAAAACUUUGCCAUGGAGACUCCGGGUGGGAGAGUCCUUGGAAAGAAGUGGAAGGAUAUUCAGUUCACUGUUGAGGACUUCGACUUUGCACAGUACUGUGAGACCAAGUACCCCGAUCUCCUGUCAGAAUAAUGCUUUGGUGCAUUCUUGAGGGUUUUAGGGUUUAUCAGGUACAUUUUUAGAGUAUGUUAAGGGUCGGAGCAAGAGGGAAAGGGUUGUGUGCAAUAACUCCAAAUGUUUUCAGAUGUUAUUAUCUAGGAUUAUGUUAUGUGUGUGUGUGUGUGUGUGUAUGUGUGUGUGUGCGCAAGUGCAUCUGUGCAAAUGUGUGCUCAGUGUGUGUGUGUAAUCUUAAACACUGUAUACAUUCUGAGAUAGGGUUGGUCCCUUCUGUCCAGGCAGUUCUUCAUGCUGGAGGCUAUUGUGUAGCAGUAUGCUGAAGCUUGUUAAACAAUGGUCAGGGUUAUAAUUAGCAUAACAGCUUUGUUUACGCCUUAGGACCAAUGGCUGUCCUUCUUGCCUCCCUUUCUGGACAAUAUGGGUGUUUUUUAUGGUCCAUUUCUGCCAUUAGGCACAAAAAUGCAUAAACUCAUGUAGUCACUGUCUUCACACAGUUAUUGCCGAAAUGCAAAUUAUAGAGACUAUUAUUUUAGUAGCACUCAUCAUAACAUUAUGAACUUGUUGAUGAUUGAAUGUUUGAACGCAAUUAAUAUAUUAAAUAAACCUUCACAAUGAUGAAUCAUGGUUAGCAGCA